GUAACCUUUUUGAAGGAUAUCCAUGAAUAAAUUUCAAUGCGAAGUCUAUAUAUUUGCUUAUUUCAACAAAUUUCUGAUCUUUUUUUUUUGAGGUCCAAGACGCAAGUUCAGUAUGUAGUUAUAGGCAGGAGCAGAAUUGAACUUACUAAAGGCUGUAAACAAACUGCCUUUUCAAAGGCUUAGAAAAGAACCAACGUAUCUUUAUAAGUUUAUUGUUCUUAUCCUUAUUUAUUUCAUAAAAAUAGUCAAAAAAGGAUUAGCACGAAUUUAAUUUCAUGUGUUUGGGAAAAUCUUUUCUAUGAGAACAAUCGUGAAAAAUCUUGAGAAACAAGGAUUUAUUUUACUAAAAAAUAGUAAAAAUUUGAUCUAAUAAUUAGGCAUUCUAUAUUUUAUCAACCUUUAGGCAAACAGUGUUUAGUUUGCGAGUCGAGUCGUCUGUUAAGAGUGAUCUAUUGAUUUUUGGGUAUAUAUGACUAGGAAGGAGCAAUUGGAAGCAUCUUUACGACGUACCUUAUCGGAAACAGUUGCACACAUUCCUUUAGAAAAGUUUGCACAAUGUUUUCCAACAUUCAAAAAAGGAAAGGCAAUUGCAGCCAUGCAUCAGCAACUUAUCAGCUUUUUUGAGGAAACCUGCAAGCAAGAGUAUGCCAAGCUGAUUGAGGAACGGGGUCUGCAUCAAAAACUUGACUUCCUGGAUCAAUGUAUCAAGGAAGCUAAGGACCGAAAAGGGUCAGGAGAACCCCCAAUUGAUAUCGAAAGCAAGCAGCCUCAAGAAAUCCUUAAAGCUCAUCUCUAUACACACAAACAGAACCUUAAAAGAAAACUGAAAGAGGACAUUGAAGACUUGGAACUUGAGAACCAAACUCUGUCUCAGAAAAUCGAGGCGGAUGAGGAAAAAACACAGGAAUAUGUUCAUAUAGCUCAGCAGCUUCUUCAACAGUUGGAAACUACAGUGAAGAAUAUGGACGAAAGAGGAAUUUCAAAAAAUGUGCUCACUAAUUUGGAUUCUCUCUUAUCGUUUAUUUAUCAAAAAGAGGAGCCUCAUGUGGGAGGUGAUAAAUUUACUACUUGACCCGUGAAACGGAUAGGAAUAAUCUCGUCUAUUUGAAACCUACCCAAUGUAAUUUGUUAAACCAAAAUUUCUAGCCGUUUAAAUUCAUUUCAAUUCAUUUCUCGAACAAAUUCAUUCUCAUCUCAAUGACUAUAAUUUCUUUAGAUAUAACAGGAAAUUUACGUUCAUUAGGUUGAACCUGAUCUUAAGCGAAUGGAUUCCAGCGAAGGAAGUCUAUAUAAAGUAGUUAGUAAUACUAUCUUCCUCACAGAAGAGCUUUGGAAACUUACGAGAACUGCAACGAUAUCCUUCAGGGUUUUUGUCAAGGUAAUGUUGAUGAUAUUCUUCCGCAUCCCACCAUUGUCCUGAAGGAACAAUUUGAGUUACAAUCUUCUUGUUGGAAAAGUGCUUUUCUUGUACUUCCUUUAGAACUUUCUUUGCAAUGCUUUCUUGUUCAGGUGAAGUAGUAAAUAUGACAGAGCGAUACUGACUUCCAAUGUCAUUACCUUGUUUAUCUACGGUUGUUGGAUCAUGCAUGGCGAAGAAAAACUCGACAAUUUUCUCAUAAGAGGUCAAAUUCUCGUCGAAAUCAACCUUGAGGGCUUCCGCAUGGCCGGUGCUGUUUGUACAAACUUGUUUAUACGUAGGAUUAUCAGUAAUACCUCCAAUAUAGCCUACAGAAGUCUUCAAAAUUGCGGCUGUAGGGACAUAUUUCCUAAGAAAGACUUCUUGAACACCCCAAAAACAACCUGCAGCAAAAAUUGCGGUCUUCAUUCUCUUAGUUCAACCUGGUAUUCUCUGUUCUUUAAUUAGUAUUAGUAUAACAAAGAUAAGGAAAUUUUCAAGUAGUAGAAGAGUGGAAGUGAAUAUCGGCAACCCACCAAUAGUUGUCUGGUCCG